AUGGCGGAUAGAGGAUCGCACAGAGGCGGCGGCCGAGGAGGCGGAGGCGGCCACCGCGGGGGUCGCGGAGGAGGACGCGGCGGGGGCGGAGGCGACCACCACCACCGCGGAGGCGGGAACCAGGGCAGCGGCGGCGACCGCGAGAGGCCCAAGAAGGAGAACAUCCUCGACCUGUCCAAGUACAUGGACAAGAAGAUCACCGUCAAGUUCAACGGAGGGCGCGAAGUCACCGGCACACUCAAGGGCUACGACGCCCUGAUGAACCUGGUUCUGGACGAGGUCCAGGAAGUCAUGAGAGACGAGGAAGGAAACGAGACCACCCGAUCCCUCGGCCUCGUCGUCGCCCGCGGCACCCUCCUCGUCCUCGUCAGCCCGCUCGACGGCAGCGAGCCCAUAGCCAACCCCUUCGCCCAGCCCGAGGAGGAAUGA